AUGGCGCCAAUGCCGCAUCUGACUUUAGUCACCAAUGGUGAUGAGGAAAGUGCUGAAAAAGUGCAAGUGGUUGGCCAAAACCUUGCAUCAAAGCUCGCUAAUCCUUCUCCCCUUGCCAUGGGCGGUUUUGCAACGAGUCUUCUCACCGUGUCUCUCGCGAUGAUGGGCUUCCGAGGCGUUUCGAACCAGACCGUCUUUGUCGGAGACCUAUGCUUUGUCGCCUGCGUUGCGCUAAUUAUAUCGGCCCAGUGGGAGAUGGUGCGCGGUAAUACCUUCUCGUACACAGUACUGAGUGCGUUUGGCCUUUUUUACGGUGGCUAUGGUGCAAUAAUGAUACCUUCUUUGGGUAUCGUUGAUGCAUUUGGUGGCUACACGCCUGAAUAUUAUAAUUCCAUGGGCUUUUUCGUUUUAAUCUGGGCUGUACUCAAUAUCUUCUUCCUCGUCGCGAGCGUUGCUUUUAAUAUCGUAUACAUUUGCAUAUUCAUUACUAUCGAGCUUUGCUUUACUCUUGAAGCAAGCUCAUAUUUUACACGUGCAGAUGGAAAUGCGAGGUUGAGUGCCGCACUCAUGAAAGCCGCCGGGGUGUUCGGAUUCUUGGCAGGCUUGCUAGGCUUCUAUGCGACAGCACACUAUUUAUGUCAAGAUGUCCUCCCAUUUAAUAUUCCAAUGGGAGACACGUCUAGAGUAGUAAAGCGGUGGAAAAAGGUAAAGAAUGUGGUAUAG